AUAUAGAUCUAUUGUAUAUGGUACUAAUAGCUCAAGAAACAAUGUUUACCCGUGGUCAAAGAAAAACAGCAUUAAAAAUAAUACAUACAGAUAUUUGAAUGCUUUGUUUGACAGUAAGGUAACAAUGGGCGACAACGAAACCAAGUGGGCUGCUAUUUCUGAUUAGAAUAAUAAAAAAAAAAAAAAGAAAACCAAGAAAGCGCUUUGGACUAUUAUCGCAAUGAGCCACUGUGAACUAAUCUCUUCCUUAUUGUUGCUGGUUUCAAGAUCAUGCACAUGAUGAAUCAAGUGGCAAUGGAACUAUGCAAGUUUGAUCUUUUUGCCUUAAUUUGACCAACGAUUUUCUACUUCGUUUCUUACUGUAUACCUCCUUCCCUUGUCAAAGAAUAUCUUCCUGAAGCCAAAGAAUUAACCUUGACUUGAAUCUUUUUCAUUCUCCUUUCAAUACCAACAUAGCAAAUAGCAGAAGAGACGUUUCAUGGAUGUGGCUGGCCUAUAUAUUGGUCUAGAAGACCGCAAUUCCUUAGCUGUUCUAGGUAAGCUCUCCAAUCUACUCAUUCAUGAAUCAGUUCCCUUACUUGGCUUUGAAGAUCAGCUGGAACUCAUUGAAAGCAAACUGAGAGAAGUAGCUGCAGGAGACUAUAUAUUUUAUCUCAAGAACUUUGGGGAUAUUGUUCGCGACAUUGAAGAAGUCAUUGAUGUCUUAGCAACACUUGCAGAUGAAAAAAGGGCAUAUAUAGAAAUAUUUCCUUUAUUUUUAGUCGUUUUCGGUUUCAAUCAAAGGUCGGGCGAUGUCCAAGCGAGCUUUGAACGGGGAAUAUUUCUUAUUCAUUGUGCUUUAGCAUUGAAUGAUUUGAUUCAUCAAUAUAAGCUUAAGGGGAAGUUAGAUGAGAUCCGUUAUGAAAUCUUUUCAUCAAGAAGAACACUUAGAGGCGGUGGGUCAUGGAGGGGUUCCUUGCCCAAGGAAUUGGAAUCUAGUGAGACCAUCAUUUCUCCUGUUUUAGAGAAAACUAUAGCCUUGUCUAAUCAGAGAGAUGUUAGUCCUGCAGUGAGAAAAAAGGCCAGAAAAUUAAGAGAUAACUUUACUGUUUUGCAAGUUUGUCUUAAUUAUUUGGAAUCCAAAGAAUUGAGCGAACAUGGAAUGAGUUGGGUGGAAAAGAUCUGUGAUGUUUCUCGCUCAGCUGAGGAUGUUAUUAGUUUAUUCAUGUGUGGAAGAAAAGAUCUGAGCAAGAGUUGGAAAGGGCAUAAUUUUUUGAAUGUAGUUUCUGCAUUCGACAACUUCAACUCUCAAAAAAAGCUUGGCCAGGAAGUGGACAGAAUCAAUAGUAGAUUGGAAGAUAUAAUAAGAUCCCGUAGCGAUGAAGACCUUAUUGCUAGUGCUAAACCAACCUUUCCUAGGCAAUUUGCUCCAAGACGUCCAAUUAACAAAUCGCCACCGCCCCCUCCUCCUCCGUGCAUUGCUGGAUCUGAUAGCAGGGCAGACACAGAAUCAUCAACUUUUGCAGCAUCAGGGUCUUCUUCUGGUAAUGAUGUUUUUUCUUCUUUAAGCGAUGAGGACUUUGAUGACAACGAGGAAGACGUGAAACUUCCAGAGCAAACUCAACUGAAAUGUCUGGGCCAAUUGGUUUCAAAUUUACAGGGAGAUCAAAUUACAAAGCCUCUGCUGCCUUCUUUUCAAAAGGAACAAACUCAACAUUCUACAAUGUCCAGCUCCGAUGAUACUACUAUUGUGUCAACAAUGACAUCUUUAGGUGAUGAUGAACAAGUAGAUAUCACUGGCUUUGAACAGGAUGCGGAUGAUAUCAUGGAGAUGUUACUCAAGGAUGACCCAAAUUGCCAUACUAUUUCAAUUGUGGGCAUUGAAGGCAUUGGUCAGAAAGAAGUUGCAAAGCUUGUGUACGAACAUCCUGCCACAAGAAAUCACUUUCCCCACCGUGCUUGGGUUCCUAGGCCACUUUUUAAUGAUCUCAUAGAACAGAUUGUGGGGGAGAAAAUUGACAUUGGUUACUAUCACCGUUAUCGGAAUGGUUAUUUGCAUCUUCUAAACCAGAUGUUCAAGGCGAAGAAGUAUCUCAUCAUUAUUGAUAAAGUAUAUUCGACAAAUUUAUGGGAUGAUAUUCGUGAAGCAUUUGAUGGCUUAUCCAAUGGAACCAGAGUUGUAUUCAUUACUUACGAGACAAACUUCUUUUUUCCAGGACAAAGACGGACUCCAGAGGUGAGUGAAAGAAAUUUCAUUUACAGACUGCACUUAAGAAAUGAUGAUGAGAGCUGGGUACUGUUUACUCGUAGUCUCAAGAUGAGCAUUCAUCCAGACCUGCUAAAACUGAAAAGACAAAUCCUAAGAAGAUGUGGAGGCCUACCAACCAUUAUACAGAAGCUUGCAGGUCAACUAUCAGAGAAAGAUGCAACUCUUGAAGAGUGGUCAAGUGUGCUUGAGCAGCUCAGUCAUGAUAAAGAACCUUGGAAAGGAGCUCUAUGCAAGAUUAAUAAGGAAUUGCCACUAUACCUGAGGAGAUGUCUCUUUUAUUUUGGAUUAUUCCCUCAAGAUUUGGAGAUUCCAGAAAGAAGAUUGAUUGCCUUGUGGGUUGCAGAGGGUUUAGGCCGUCAAAAGGGUGAUAAAGAAUCUCCGGAAUCUGUUUCAGAGAAAUGCUUAAUGGAGCUAGUAGACCAGAACGUUAUACAAGUGGCAAAGAAGAAGCUUAAUGGAAAAAUUAAGACAUGCCGCCUGCCUCAUUCUCUGCGAGUACACUGGCUGUCCAAAGCCAAGGAAGCUAGUUUUAUUCCAGACAACAGUAGCAGCAGCUCAAGUGACAGUAGAGGUAUAAUACGUCGUCUGGCUGAUCAUCUUGACCCAGAGGAUCCUAGCUAUAAUGAUAUCCAUGGUAAAGGUAAUAAUUCUUCUCGUUACUCCCGUUACAGAGAUGUCAUCUCUUUUCUGUCUUUUGACAAUAGAGAAGGAAUUAAAGCUGGAGAAGAUUUAGGGAAUUUUCUUGAUCGAUGCAUCUGCACCCAGUCCUUCCAUUUUCUCUGGGUGUUGGAUCUUGAACGUGUAUACAAGCCAAAAUUGCCGAAAGCAAUAGGUCAACUCAUUCGGUUGAGGUACUUUGGCUUGAGAUCAACCUACUUGGUUAUUCUUCCCUUCUUCAUUUACAAACUACUGAACCUCCAGACUCUGGAUUUAAAACGUACCCACAUCAACACUAUUCCCAGUUCAAUCUGGAAGAUGAAGAAGCUGCGGCAUUUGUUCCUUGACGACAGUUCGCGGAGCAUGUUCCUGCCUCGACCAAAAAGCAGCACUUUAGUGGAUCUCCAAACACUGUGGGGUGCGUGUCUAGAUGAGGAGAGUCCAGUGAAAAAUGGCUUGGAUACACUAUUGAAUAUCAAGAAAUUAGGAUUGAAAUGUAGGAUAUCUGUACCACCCAAAACGGAAGCCAUGUCCUCACAGCUGGAUGCCAUCGCGAAUUGGAUUUUAAGCCUUAAAGGCCUUCAAUCCUUGAGAUUGAAAUCAUUUGACGAAUCAAAUAAACCAUGGAAUCUGCACUUGGAUUCUUUGUCAGGCCAUGUUGAUCUAUGCAGUAUCUAUUUGGCAGGAAAGCUAAAGAAUCAACAUCUGAUAUCUGAGUUCCCCAAGAAUCUUAUUGAGCUCACCUUGUCAGCAUCUGGACUGGUAGAGGACCCAAUGCAAGCAUUGGACAAGCUUCCUAAUCUAAAAAUCGUGAUAUUGUUGUUGGGAUCAUUUAUAGGAAAGAGAAUGCUUUGCAGAUUCGGAGGAUUUCCUAAGCUUGAAGUCCUUAAAUUCAAGAAGCUGAUGCAACUAGAGGAAUGGAAUGUAGAGGAAGGAGCACUGCCUAGCCUGAAAGACUUGGAGAUUGAAUCCUGUAGCAAUCUAAAGAUGAUUUCUGCUGGCCUACGGCUUGUUAGUACUCUCCGAGAAGUAAAACUAGCAAAAAUGCCAAUGAUAGCAUCAAAGAUAAAAGAUCAUCAGGGCGAGGAGUGGAAUAAAAUUGCCCAUGCACGCAAUGUCUGCAUAGAAGAUUGACACUGCCCGAGCAGAAUAUUCCAAACUACAAUACAGCCUAUUCAUCCAUUUGUCGUAUUUUCUGAGUUUAUCAAACUGACCAUCUUACAGUCAUCAAAUAAUUUCUUUGCGUGCUUCAUUUAUAAUGCUACUGGAGUGAUUUUAUUUCAGGACUUUAUUCGGACUUAAUUGCUGAAAGUAGCACUCUACAUUCGCAUCAAGAGGUCUUUCAUUUAGUUUUUCUAUGUAAUUGUUGGGUAUUUCGGGUUACUGAAGGAAAAGAGGCGAUGAAUAAUAUCAUGGGAAUUGAUGGCUAAUAGUGUCCUUGAGAUGAUAGAAAGAUGCUGCUGACACAAAGGCUGGACGAGGAGUUUAGAAAGACAUGGUCGAGGUUCCAUCUUGUCGUGUUGUUGUUGCUAUUCCAAUAAAAAGAAAAUCAAGAAAUCAGGAUUCAUUGUCUGGCUUACACACACCACAAACAAACAAACAAACAAAAAGCAUGAUGCAGAGUGGGAUAGAUAUUCAAUUAUAUGGC